GAGGGCAUCAACAAGAAGCAACAUAAUAUCACUGACCAAAGGUACUGAAAAGUCAGGUAAUCUGUGGUGUGUGUCAUUCCUGACCUGCCGCUGUGAUGGAGGGCAGUGGAAGUGAAUGGUCUGCCGACCUGGCCCAGCUGAAGGAGCCGGGCAUGAACAACAGCGGGCAGGUCUACGAGGUGGUGCUCCAGAACGACUCCUCCAAGCUCAGCCCCCAGUUUGUAGGGGUGGAGCUCCUCCAGAGCUUCAAGCUGCUCAUCAUCCCCUGCUACGCCCUGGUGGUGCUCGUGGGGGUCUUUGGCAACUACCUGCUGCUCUACGUCAUCUGCCGCACGCGCAAGAUGCACAACGUCACCAACUUCUUCAUCGGCAACCUGGCCUUCUCCGACAUGUUGAUGUGUGCCACCUGUGUUCCCUUCACGUUGGCGUACGCCUUCAACCCUCAUGGCUGGGUGUUUGGGCGCUUCAUGUGUUACCUGGUGUACCUGAUCCAGCCGGUGACGGUCUACGUGUCGGUCUUCACCCUCACUGCCAUCGGUGUGGACAGAUACUAUGCCACUGUGCACCCUUUGAAGAAGCGCAUCUCUGUGUUGGCGUGUACCUACCUGCUGUCGGGGAUCUGGCUGCUGUCCUGUGGUCUGGUGGCCCCGGCAGUGGCUCACACCUACCAUGUGGAGUUCAAGAACGAGGGCUUCAUCAUCUGCGAGGAGUUCUGGAUGGGCCAGGAGACCGACAGGUUGGCGUACGCUUACAGCACCCUCUUCAUCACCUACGUCCUCCCUCUGUCGGCGCUUUGCACCUCCUACCUCUGCAUCUCGGUCAAGCUGCGCAACUGCGUGGUGCCGGGCCACCGCACGCAGAGCCAGGCCGAGGCGCAGAGGACGCGCAAGCGCAAGACCUUCCGCCUGGUCACCUUGGUGGUGGCGGCCUUCGGUUUCUGCUGGAUGCCCAUCAGCGUGUUCAACGUGUUGCGCGACAUCGACAUUGACCUCAUCCACAAGCGCUACUUCCUACUCAUCCAGCUACUGUGUCACCUGUGUGCCAUGAGUUCGUCCUGCUGCAACCCCUUCCUCUACGCCUGGCUCCACGACCGCUUCCGCGCCGAACUGCGGAAGAUGUUCACCUGCCACCGUCGCAUCGGGAUCCCCACCAACAACUGCGCGACGGCCAGCGUGGUGCUGUGAAGCCACUGAAUGCAGCCUAACUUGUCCCCCUACACCGGGGGUUCUCAACCAGGUGCUCAGGGCUCUCUUGCCCUGCACAUUUUAAGAUGUUUCCCUCUUCCAACACACCUGAUUCAAGUGAAUGGUCGUUACCAGGUUUCUACAGAG